CGCUCACAUCAGUCCCUGUGUGUUUUAUUUAUAUUCCCAAUCCGGCUGCUGGCUGCUGAGUACCUGUGCCAGUCUAGAAACUUCUGACAAACACCUGUAUGAGAGAAGGAAUUCUGCGUGCGCCGUCUUUACGGUAAAGCCGCUUGUUGAUCCCGCCCUCUCUGUGAUAGAAAACUCGGUGAUGUCGCUUCGUCUUUAACGAGCUUGACCCAGAACCCAGGGAAGGAGGGGAAAAGAGGGGAGAAAACACUAAAAACGGAAUAGUCGGAAAGGGGUCGGGACAGGCUUUCCACGAGCAAGUCCAUUCCUCCCUGUUUCUGGGCUUGGUGGUUCGGUGACAUUCUACCCAUGAGCAACUAGAGCUCAACCUCUGACCUUGGUGUGAUCUCUCACCUCUACUACCAAACCACGCCCACAGGUGAAGUGUGUAUGGAGCAGUGUGAGAGCGCAGCGGCUCUGCUGGAGUCGGUCAGGGAGCAGGAGGUGCAGUUUGAACAGCUGACCCGGGCGCUGGAGGAGGAGAGGAGGAGAGUGGGCCUCCCCGCAACGAGCCCCUCGGCCCUGGGUCGCCCCCUCCCUCACACACAGAACGGGCGUUUAGGGGAUGCAGACAUAGAACGGCUGAAACUGACUGACUCAUAUAUAAACGGCACACAGUACAGAAUGGUGGACCCUGCACACGGCGCUCUCGAUGAGAGCUACACACCAGAGGACGACUCCCAGGAAGUGCACUCAGUCUUCUCUGACGAGGGAACUGCACGGCGGCCAGACAAUGGCAUGAAGAAACCAAUCUCGCGCACAGUCCUGCCUUCUGACUCGAUGUCCAUUGAUGGGGGCUUGUCGGUGCCUGGUAUGGGUGGCUAUAGCGCCACACUGGACCGUCCUUACAGGCAGGCUGUACCAGCAGACUACCCCACGGCCACAGUGCCCAGAAACUACCACUAUGGUCCUGUGGGCUAUGAUGACUACCGGGGUGGGCCACCAUCGGAGGCAUACACUAGCCUGAGCAGGGGCUCGCACAUGGACGAACGCUACAGGCCAGUUGACGGCUACAGGACCCUGGACUCUGGCUACCGGGCUCCAAGCCGUCAGCAGCUUGACCCGUAUGCAGCACAGCCCCAGGUGAGCCGGGGGAUGAGGGCGUUGGGCUCAGCUUUGGAGAUGCGCUAUGGCCAAGGCCACUACGCUCUGGAGGAUGACCAGCGCAGUGUGGGAUAUGAUGACUAUGGCAUGGGGCCUCCACCCAUUCACCCUGGGGGCUACGGUACCAUGCCACGCCUAGGGCCUGGCCCUGCUGGUAUGGACAGACGAAGACUCAGGAGCUGUGAGGACACUUUGGAUGGUGAUGUCGGAGGAGUUGAUCCUUAUGCCUGGGGUGUUCCCAUGACGAUGGAGAGGGGGAGCAUGGCUUCAUUGGACAGCACACUGAGGAAGCCUCCUCCCUCUUCAUGGAGACAGCCUGAGCUGCCAGAGGUCAUCGCCAUGUUGAACUACCGUCUGGACCCCGUCAAGACCAACGCCGCCGCCUUCCUCCAGCAUCUCACAUUCAAAAACGAUAAGGUGAAGUCGGAGGUGCGUCGCCUAAAGGGCAUCCCAGCCUUGGUGUCAAUGCUGGACCACCCCAGCAAGGAGGUGCACCACUCGGCCUGCGGAGCACUAAAGAACAUUUCAUACGGGCGAGAUCAAGACAACAAGAUCGCCAUCAAGAACUGCGAUGGAGUGCCUGCUCUGAUCAGGUUACUGAGAAAAACCCACGACCAGGACCUUACUGACACUAUCACAGGCACCUUGUGGAACCUUUCAUCCCACGACUCCGUGAAGAUGGAGAUUGUGGACCACGCCCUGCAUGCCCUAGCUGACGAGGUGGUCGUUCCCCGCUCCGGCUGGGAGCGAGGAAGCAACGGAGGAGAAGAGAGCUGCAAACCACGCCAUCUGGAGUGGGAGACCGCCUUGACCAACACUGCUGGCUGCCUUAGGAAUGUGAGCUCAGAACGCAGUGAGGCCAGGCGAAAGCUGAGAGAAUGCACAGGACUGGUGGAUUCACUCAUGUACAUUGUUCAAUCACAGAUCAACCGCAAAGAUGUGGAUAACAAGUUGGUGGAGAACUGUGUCUGCCUCCUGAGGAAUCUGUCCUAUCACGUUCACCGUGAAGUCCCCGGUUGCGAGCGCUAUGUAGAGGCCACGCCCCUCAACCAGGGACCUCCCCCUGCCAACAAAGGUGGCUGCUUCGGCUCUCGAAAGGGCAAAGAUGAGUGGUUUUCAAAAGGAAAGAAGGAUGGAGAGGACGGGUCUGCAGAGCAGAUCGACAUUCCAAAGAGGACAACACCUGCCAAAGGUUACGAGCUGUUGUUCCAACCAGAGGUGGUCCGUGUUUACACAUCACUGCUCAAAGAGAGCAAGAACCCCUCGGUGCUGGAGGCUGCCGCUGGUGCAAUUCAGAACCUCUGUGCUGGCAGAUGGACUUAUGGUCGGUAUAUCCGGGCUACAGUGCGUCUCGAGAAGGGUCUUCCCAUGAUGGCAGAGCUACUGGCUCAUGGCAACGACCGUGUUGUUAGAGCCAUGUCCGGAGCCUUGAGGAACCUCUCCAUCGACAACCGUAACUGCCAACUGCUCGGUUUGCAUGCAGUGCCUCACCUUGUGGCCAACCUGCCUGGAGGCCAGAGUCAAUCUGGGCGCACUCUAUCAGAGGAGACAGUGGUUUCUGUACUGAGCACGCUGGCUGAGGUGCUAGGCAACAGUGUGGAGGCAGCAAAGACCCUCAGAGCCUCGCAGGGCAUUGAGAGGCUGGUGCUCAUCAACAAGGACGGCAAGCGCUCAGAGCGUGAGGUUCGGGGGGCCGGCCAGGUGCUGCAGCUCAUCUGGGCCCACAAAGAGCUGCGCAAGCCUCUUGAGAAAGACGGCUGGAAGAAGACGGACUUCAUGGUCAACCUCAACACCACCAACGGUCCGAGCACCCGAGCCAACGGCACCUAUGAAGACAGCACCACACCACUGCUAGACAGAGGGGAGAAGAGGGACAUGAUUCCACUAAAUGACCUUGGCCCGGAGGCCUACUCUACACUGGACCAGAGGGAGAGAAGACACACUCUGGACGAAACCACAGACACUUUACCGCGAGGGGUGUAUGGGGGCAGAAAGGGCUCCUUGCCCCUGUUGGACUCCUACGAUGGUUAGCCCUCCCCCCCUCCCCUCUACCCCCCUCUGCAUGUAACAGCAUGAAAAACUGAUAGUGUGCAUCACCCAGACUGGGCCGUCCCUGCCCUACCACUGCUACUGAGGAGAGAAGAUCCAGAUGCACAGACUCUCUCCCCCUCCCGUCUCCCCUCCCCUCCCCUCCUCUCCUCUCCCUCUCUAUCACCACACAGAUGGGAUUACAAGAUGAGGGUUGGCAUCCAAAGAAAGUGGCCAUGUUGCAGGCAAAACGUUUCAUGCAACACACACACUUACAGAUACAUACACACCUACUUUUUACAACUUCAUUCAAUUGUAGCAGCAGAAAUAUAUUCAGUUUUUAAAUUAUAACUUUCCUGUAAAGGCAAUCACCUUUGUUGACAAUCAUUUAAUUCUGGUGUUGUCAUCCUGCUUUUUUUUCUCUCUCUCUCUCUUCUUGCUAUUGUCAACAUUUUGGUAAAUUUUUGUCAUGCCAACGCCCGCAUCCUAAUGACGAAUUUGUACGUAGACUUCUAUGUAGGGUAUAUACUGUAUAUAAAAAGAAAAUGGGGAUGACUGCAUUAGUUUUGGCUCAUUAAUUUAAAUCGUCCCUUUACAGGGAUCGUUGGGAGGUUCGGGACGGGCUGACAGAGCGACGGCCACCAUGUAGAUUGAGAAUGUUGUUUAUAUAGGAGUUAUUUUCCUGUCUAGAGUUAUUUUCUCUCAGUUGGGAUGAGCACAGGUGUAGACAAGAAAAGGGCAGGUGUGUGUAUAUUUGUCAUACAGAAAGCCUGUGGCCGUGAGUGUGUGGAAAAUGGACCUCGGAGUGAGUGUGUUUUUUGUGUGUGUGUGUGUGCACGGAUCAGACCCUUAAGACCACACAUUGAUUAUUUUAUCCGUUCAUGUUGCUGUUUUUAUAGUGUGCUCCUACUCCUGUGACAAAGCUUUGUUUUGUUUCGUUAGCUUUUACGGACCAACCGCCUCCUUUUGUGUUUCAUACCGUUAUUUGCUAACUUUUUUCUUUUUUUUUCUUUCUCCUGAGUGAAAAAUAAAAAACUGAGCUGCUGUUUUUUACAUUUUGAUGUGGGUUUCACCAACAACAUCAGUGCAGCAAAUCAAAUUUGGCACUGAACUAUAUUUAUGAAGCUGGGAGCAUCGUACACUACCAAACCACUAAAACAUUUCCUGCGUCUGAAACCAUUCUACAGUAAAACAUUCACACUAUAGAAACAGUCUAUGCUUCAUUUAAACAUUAAAGAACACUUUAGGAGGGUCUCUUUGACAUAAUUAUUGUCUAUUCUUUAAGAAAUCACUACUUGCUGUGUGUUUUUGCAAUAUAAACGCUCAUGUUGGCAGUCUUGACCUGCCGAUUUACUAAAAAGAAACACUUUAAUAUGUGAGGCUUCUUCACUCAGAGGAGACUCGGACAGAUUUGGGAGAGAUGCUGACUUUUUAUUUAAUUCGCUAGGUGGACAUAAAGCACAUUUUGGUCUGUGUUCCAUUUAUUUCUACCAUUUUUGUUGUGUUUUUUCCACUUUGUGUCAGGUUUGUUUGUAUUUUAUUUCGGGUUUUGUAUGUAUGGGAGCGGUGGGUGAGAGCAUUAUGCAAUUUGUUCAACUUUUUAGUCCCCAGUUUUACUCCUGAGUUGUUUUUAAGGCAAAAGAGACCAAUCAUCUUUGUUUUGUUCUUUUUUUUGUUUUUUACUCUCCACACACAAUAUAUUUGUAAUGUUGCCUAUCCAUGUAAAAUUAUGAUGUACCAUUCAUACCUGCCUUGGCUCUGAGAAGUUGCUUUUUUCAGUAAAGUAUGUAACUGGUAAUACUGUUGUUUUUAUAAAUAAAGAUCUUUUCUUAGACAA